AUGACCAGCUCCUCUUCUACCCCAGACAUCUCUUCUCUUACCAUUUCCGCCCAGCCCUCCCAGCAACGUCUGCAUGAUACUUACGACUACGGAGACAACAUAAGCGGAAACGGCAGGACUCCAUACCACUAUUCCACCUCUCCUUCCGUCCCCGUCCAGUCCCAGUACAGUCCCCUGAGCAUCACAGGCCAGUCGCCCCUCAAGACCAAGCCCGUCCGCGCUGGCCUGCCCACGCAAUGGCUCGAUAAUUCUGGCCCGGUAGCGGAUAAUCGUUCUCUUUCCCCACCCAAUACCUCCGACCUGUCUUCGUCAGGAGGAUCUCCCCCAAUGGGACACAUGCUCGCCCCUCCCAUUACCCCCGGUACCCCCAACCCCGGCGUGGAUGAUGAGAUCAUACCCACAGCCAUCGUGAUUAAGAACAUACCAUUCAACGUCAAGCGCGAGACGCUUCUGGAUAUCAUCGCGUCGCUGUCCAUCCCCACGCCGUACGCGUUCAAUUAUCAUCUUGAUCAAUCAGGCCAGUUCCGCGGCCUUGCAUUUGCCAACUUUCGCCAGUCCCAGGACGCAGACGCCGUAGUGGCUGCUCUUAAUGGCUUCGAUGUCCAGGGCCGUAAGCUGCGCGUGGAAUACAAAAAGGUUUUGCAGGCCGGCGAGAAGGAGCGCAUCGAAAGAGAAAAGGCUAUCCGCCGCAUGCGCUCCAUGCAGCUCGAGCGCGAGCAGGCGAUCUCCCAGCAGUCUACUCCGUACGAUGAGUUCGGCCCUAUCAUGUCCCCGCCGUUCUCACCGCCUCAGCGCUCAUUCUCGGGAUCGAGUGCAUUCCCCAUCCAGCAGCCGUUCUCGCCGUCCCAGUUGCCCCCGAUGCCGACACCACAGACGGCGUCUUAUAAUGUCUCGACGCCGCCCGUGCCGUCUCUUCCUCCUAGUGCUCUGAAGUCGGCCUCAGCUGAGCUUGACCUCAACGACCCGUCCACCCUUGAGAUUUAUUCACGUAUCCUGCUGUUCAAGGACGAUCGCAUGCGGGAUGAGCUCGCCUUCUCUAGGACACUGUCGCCUAAGCAGAGGAGGGUCGUGCAUCUCGUGGCACAGAAGCUUGGAGUCUACCACUACUCAGUCGGUGAGGGUGACGAGAGAUACGCCGUCGUCACGCGUAUCGAUCGUUCUGGGCAACAGAGUGCAGGUCCGCGCCAAACGCUCACCCGCGCGCCGUCCUCCUACCUUCACCCGUCCCCGCAAAUCGCAAAUUCCUUGCGAGUCAAGAAGUCCAUGCCAGACAUGAAGACCCUUCAGGCGCAGGCGCCCCGCCUAACUACGCGUGCCUCUAAUGGCAACAUCCGCGAAGGCUACGCGACGAUCGCCUCACCCUCCCGUCGCUCUCCCGGCGGCUUCGCCGCGCUCUUCGGGAACGGCGGUGCAUUUGGUAACAGCGGGAUUCCGCCCGUACCCAGCCUCCCCUCUAGCGUGACUGGCGCUGUGAACUUGAACGGCGGGCUAGAGAACCCCAUUAGUGGCGUUGUAAGACAGCCCCGUGGACCUGGUGCUGGCGGAUUCGAAUCUAGGAGGGAGAGGCGCGAGAGUCAGUCUCGCAGCGGCUUCGAGGCGCGCUCCCAUGAACCGUUGGAGAUUUAG